CCGUUGCGCAAGUGAUGAUGUAGGAGAUUCAGGCUAGUCUGCUCUUUAUGUUUCUAAAUCGUGUAGUCACUGUGGGAAACUAGCAGUCAUUCAUAAUAGCUAAGAAGAAGUGGAGUUUGCAAGUUCUAGCAGUUAGGAAUCCGCAACACCGCCACGAUGUCUAUUAUGUCCUAUAAUGGAGGGGCCGUCAUGGCCAUGCGGGGGAAGAACUGUGUGGCGAUAGCAGCAGACCGGAGAUUUGGCAUUCAGGCUCAGAUGGUCACCACAGAUUUCCAGAAGAUCUUCCCCAUGGGGGAGAGGCUGUACAUCGGGCUGGCUGGACUGGCCACUGAUGUUCAGACAGUAGCCCAGAGGCUUAAAUUCAGACUGAACCUGUACGAGCUGAAGGAGGGUCGCCAGAUCAAGCCCAAGACCUUCAUGAGCAUGGUGUCCAACCUGUUGUAUGAAAGGAGGUUUGGGCCAUACUACAUCGAGCCUGUGAUCGCUGGACUGGAUCCCAAAACCUUAGAGCCAUUCAUCUGCUCCUUAGAUUUGAUUGGCUGCCCCAUGGUGACAGAGGACUUUGUUGUGAGCGGCACCUGCUCAGAGCAGAUGUACGGCAUGUGUGAAUCUUUGUGGGAGCCAGAUAUGGAACCAGAGGACCUGUUUGAGACCAUCUCCCAGGCGAUGCUGAAUGCAGUUGAUAGAGAUGCAGUGUCUGGCAUGGGAGUUGUCGUACAUGUCAUUGAGAAAGACAAGAUCACCACAAGAACCCUGAAGGCCAGGAUGGACUAGAGCUGCUGUUUCUCCCCACACUUCACCAACACAGAUGUUUUGUAUACAAAUAAUAAACGAUGCUUGUAAUGUUUUUUUUCUUAUGGAUAUUGUUCAAUAAAUGAACACAGGUUUAAACAACUUGA